AUGUUGCAAAAAAUAUGGUCGUAUUUUACAAUUCACAAUGAGGAAAAGCUGCCCGAGCAAGUUCUAAAAGUUAUCUCAGAACCGGAACUUCCGAAGCACCCGUAUUACCCAACAGAUCUCAAGCUACCAAAUUUCACUGAAAAAACAUAUUCAACGGAAUAUUUAAUCGGAGUUUUUGCUGCUGCAGCGAUUACGAUCACCUUAGUUUCCUUUUCAAUUAUUUCUCAAAAACGAAACGUUAGCGGGGUAAACAAAGUUGCAUUUGUAUGGUUAAUUAUAACCGGAAGUAUUCAUAUAUUUUUUGAAGGAUAUUUUACAUAUUCUCACAAAACAAUUCAAUCUGAUAAUUUUUUAUUUGCUCAAAUGUGGAAAGAGUAUUCUUUAAGUGAUUCAAGAUACAUGACUUCAGAUUCAUUUGUGGUUAAUAUGGAAGGGAUCACUGCGGUUUGUAUUGGACCAACAGCUUAUUUGUCGGCCAUAGGAAUACUUCAAAAUUGGCCAUCACGACAUGUUUUACAAUUGAUAACAAGUUUAGGUCAAUUAUAUGGAUUAGUAUUAUAUUACGCGACGACAUUAUUGGAAGGAUUCCCUCAUUCGCGUCCUGAACCAUUAUAUUUUUGGGUUUAUUUCUUUGGAAUUAAUUUCAUAUGGGUUUUGAUACCUGGUGCCUUAUUCUUGCAAAGUUGUUUAUACUUGACUAAUACUGUCCGUGAGGAUCAAAAAAAAAAGAGUAAGAAAACCAAUUAA